CGCGAGACGUUUGGACUUCGGCCAUGUUUGUUUCUGAAGUCACAUGACAAGAGUUUAUAUAUCACGUGAGCACUUAGGCUCAUUUCUUGGUUCUUUAUUUACCACUACAGCGCUUUUCCGGCUUUCAAACAGCUCGUGAUACACGGCUCGUGCAGUUGAAGGACUUAAUGUGAAGGUCUUCAGUUUGUAGGAACUUCAAGUCAACUGACACCAAAGAUGCGUGCGAGUGUGUGUGCGUUGGUGUGUAUGCUGAGUGUGUGCAGCGCUCUCAUCUGCCCUGACGGAGGGAUGUGUGACGAAGGAAACACCUGCUGCUGGACGCCGUCGGGCGGAUAUGGAUGCUGCCCGCUGCCUAACGCCGAGUGCUGCUCAGAUCACCUGCACUGCUGUCAGGAGGGAACGCUAUGUGACAUGGAGCACGGCACGUGUGUGAACAAGACACACACUCUGGAGUGGGUGAUGAGAGUCGCCACCAAGCAGACCUCCUUACCUCAGGCAGUGGUGUGUCCUGACCAGGAGUCCGAAUGUCCUGAUGGCACGACCUGCUGCCAGUUGCCCGACGGGACUUGGGGCUGCUGCCCGAUGCCUAAUGCGGUGUGUUGUGAAGAUAAACAACACUGCUGUCCCGAGAACACGACAUGUGACCUCACUCACUCGAAAUGCCUAUCGGCCAUGCUAGGCUCCACCCCUCUCCUGAGAAAAUUUCCCGCCCUCCUCAAAGGAGGACAAAGAGCGGCGAAGGAGAUGUCCGUGAAGUUCCCAGACAGUAAUGACGUGACUUGUCAAGAUAAAGUGUCCACGUGCCCAGAUGACUCAACCUGCUGCAAACUAGCAAACGGGAGCUACGGCUGUUGCCCGAUGCCAAACGCUGUGUGCUGUAAUGAUUACGUGCACUGCUGUCCCGAGGGCACGACCUGUGACCUUGCACACGGCAGCUGUGACUUGACCAACGAGCCAGUGUGUGACCCGUCCGAGGGCACCUGCGCUGACCCUGUUGACCUUCCGCACUCUGUUCCCUUGGUGAAGAAAGUUCCCGCCUUCCAACGUCCUUCACAACCCGCCAAUCAAAAAUGCGACCCAUCAUUUUCAUGCCCACAAGAUGAUACGUGCUGCAGGAUGGCGUCCGGUUCAUGGGGAUGCUGCCCUCUACCACAAGCUGUGUGUUGUGAGGAUCAUCUGCACUGCUGCCCCCAUGACACGCUGUGUAACAUGGCGGCGGGGACGUGUGACGGCGUCCGCUCGACCGUGCCCUGGGUGAGCAAGACUCCCGCCGUGGCCCUGGUGUCCGAGAACGAGCGCUGUGACGAGACCUCGGCGUGUCCAGCGGGUACAACCUGCUGUAAAGAUAAAUCAGGAACCUGGACCUGCUGCCUGCUGCCACGGGCCGUUUGCUGUGAAGAUCAGGAGCACUGCUGUCCUCAGGGCUACAAGUGUGACGUCGCCCACGAGUCCUGUGAACACACUUCCCUACCCAGCAUGCCGUGGGUCAGAAAGCAGUCCGCGCUGAGUGUGGAGUCGGCCCCGCAGUACGGACACAAGUGCGAUGACCAGACCAGCUGCCCCAGGGGCAGCACCUGCUGCUAUAUGGCAAAAUUCGGCAAGUGGGGUUGCUGCCCUUUGCCACAGGCCGUGUGCUGCGGGGACGGAGAUCACUGCUGUCCCAGCGGCUACACCUGCGAUAAGGAGAAACCCGUCUGUGUGAAGGGAGAACUGCAGACCCCGUGGUUCAGGACGCAGCCGGCCAUGAUCAGAGGGUCAGAGGUCACGCACGGCCUCGGGGAUGUGAAGUGCGACGACACCACCAGCUGUGCCGCGGGUACCACAUGCUGCAGGUUAAAGACAGGGAAGUGGGGCUGCUGUCCACUGGCGCAGGCGGUGUGCUGUGAGGACCACGAGCACUGCUGCCCUCAGGGCUACACCUGCGACCUGCAGAGCGGAACCUGCAUCAAACCUUCCCCAGCACACACCGCUGCACUCGUGCUCGUACACGCACUCUCCGACCACGAUGAAGAUGAGGCGAGGUGUGACGCGACAAGGCGCUGCUCUAAGAGUCAGACCUGCUGCAGGAUAUCGGACGCCGAGUGGGCCUGCUGUCCGUUCCAGCAGGCGGUGUGCUGUAAGGACAUGAAGCACUGUUGCCCUAAGGGAUACACCUGCGACCCUGAAAACCGUUGCACUAAGGCGUCUCCGCUCACGUGGUGGGACAAUUCGCUGUAGAGGAACAUCGCCACAAAUGAGCUUACAAUGCCGCCCAAAUCGGGAUGAAAGACUAUACAGCGUACUGUAGUUGUGUUUAGGGUUUUUUGUUGUUGUGUUCUAGUAACUAGGAAUGCUGAGAGAUGUUUUCGCCAUCUCCAGCCUAUAAAAUUUUUUAAAAAACUGACAUCAAAGCAGUGACUCUGACAAAUUUCCUGUUUUCUCAACACUGAAUCGUUCCAAGUUUUGUUUUCCGGAGUUUAUAUUUAGUUUAUUCGUAUGCAGAUUGUGCCGUCUGGUUUCCAUUCGCGGAAAACCUUUUCUUGUAAGGAAAGGUUACUUUGUAACGAAAAAUUUGUCGUCUUUUUUUCUUUUCUUUAUAAUUUUCUCCUCAGAUAUGAAACUCCUCAUGUAGAAAGACCCUGCGUGCUUUUUUUUUUUAUUAUCAUUAUUUUAUUUUUAAUUUUUUUAAACGAAAACUGAAGUUAAGUCACCGAGACGGAACCGAAUGUACAGCCUUGCGUAUACCUAACCGCCGCACGAUCCGACAAAUCUUCACAGCUUUCAGUUCCCCGAGCAUAAAACUCCCGAGUAAGAGAUCAGUUAGCGUUAAAAAAAUACAAACGUGACCACCGUUCACUUUUUUAAUAGUGGAAAAUACCCCAGACCCGAGGACUGAAAUCAGGCGGCAUACUUUUUUGCUUGGAGCCCUAAAGUCAUCCAGCGUAAUCUUAGUAGCCUGUUUUUAUUCGGACGAGUCGUCCGCUGUUGCCUUUUCGAGCUGUACUGAUGAAAGAAAAUGUCUUUUGAUUUAGGAAACGUUUACAAUCUGGACUGUUUGUUCAUCUUUAGCUGUGUUUUUAAUAAUUUUAUUGAUGUUUUUAAAUUUGUGGUUAUUUGGUUAGUUUAUUCGCUGGCUCGAUUGCCUCUGAUCGCGUGAUGGAACGUUUGCUUCAUUUUAAGAUUUUUAAGGGCAGGAUCACAGCUCAAACAUACUUGGUUUAAAAAGAAAAGGUAGAAUUUGUUGUUUUCCCACUUAAAUAGCUGACUUUUUUUUUUUUUUUAAUUACGGAAUUUUUAUGUAACUUGGUGAUUUAGGACAUGUUAUCUAUAUGGUUUAAAUCAAGCUUUUGAUUUAUUUAUUUUUUUCUUUCCUUUUUUGUAUUUUAAUUGUUCUCUUUUUUUCCUGAAGAAUGUGGAAAUAAUAAACAGUUUGAAAUGGA